AUGGCAUCCUUUCUCAGUCAAGCAUCCUCCUACUUUGGCCGCACAAACAUCUCAGUCAACUACACCAUCGACGAGUCUCAGUCUCCCGCCCACUGCGGUCUAUGGAAGAUCUACAAAGCCACCCGCAACGCUUCCUCCUCUUCCACCACCUCCACCGCCGGACCCUCCAGCUCAUCAGAUGCAACCAAAAACGUCGUCUCAAUAUGGAUGCAUACUUUCUCCACCCGUGGUCAGGUGCGACAACGAAUCAUGGACCAGCUCAAAAAGGAAGCUUCCUCACUUACGCGCCUCCGACACCCAUGCAUUCUUGAGGUUGUUGAACCGCUGGAAGAGUCGCGAAACGACGUAGCCUUCGCGACGGAACAAGUUUUCGCUUCGCUAUCCGAGGCGUUAGUGUCGGAUCAUCGACAAGAUGUGCAGUUGGACGAAGUGGAGAUCCAAAAAGGCCUACUUCAGGUUGCGAGAGGACUGGAGUUCUUACACGGCGCAAAGAUGGUUCAUCAGAAUCUCUCGCCGGAAUCUAUCCUUAUCAACGCCAAAGGAGAUUGGAAGCUUGCGGGAUUCUCUUUCCUCACUCCUCUCGAACAACCAGGUGGUGGGGGUGCAACACCGUGGACAUUCCCCGACUAUGAUCCCAGCUUGCCGCCGGCGUUGAGUCGAAACUUUGACUACAUGGCCCCUGAAUACGCACUCGACGAGAAACUCGGCCCUGAAAACGACAUGUACUCCCUCGGUUGUGUUGUCUACGCAGUGCACAACAAAGGUUCUCCUCCCUUCCGCAAUCGCAAUUCUCUUCCAAAUCUUCGUGGCAACGCAGACCAACUGUCCACCAUUAUUGGCAGCCAAUCUUGGUCCAGAAUGGGAAGAGACGUCCUAGACCUGCUCUCCAACCUUCUCACCCGAUACCCUGGUGCUCGACUCAAUGCCGCCAGCUUCCAACAAUCUUCCUACUUCAACUCGAUCCUCGUCUCGACACUCAAGUUUAUGGAGAGGGACAACUUUGCCGGACGCACAAAGGAAGAGAGAGUGCAGUACCUCAAAGGUUUGUUGAAGAUCCUGCCUCAGUUCUCGGAUCGAUUGUUGAGGAGGAAAGUGUUACCGGCAGUAUUGGAGUUGAUGACGGAUCGAAGUUUGUUACCCUUUAUACUGCCGAAUGUUUUCCAUAUCUCGAAGAACCUUUCGAGUCUAGAGUUUACGAACUCUGUGUUGCCGAAGUUGAAGCCGUUGUUUGCGGUGCAAGAUCCGCCGCAAAAUAUGUUGUUAUUGCUGGAUCAGAUCGAGCCGUUAUUCGUGCCAAAGGUCGCACCGACUACGUUUAGGGAAGAAGUGACACCGUUGCUCUACUCAGCACUAGAGGCGGAAAACGUUAUGGUUCAGGAGAAAGCUCUUCGAACGGUGCCCCGUCUUGCGGAGAUUCUCGAGUAUGCACACGUCAAAGAGGUUUUGUUCCCCAAACUCGCUUCGCUUUUCGCCAAGACAAAGGUCCUCUCGGUAAAAGUCAACUGCCUCAUCUGCUUUCAUGCUAUGGUUAGCAUCUUGGACAAAUACACUUUAACAGAAAAGCUAGUACCAAUUUUGGCUAGGAUCAAGACCAAAGAGCCAAGUGUAAUGGUCGCCACCCUCGCAGUGCACGAAGCUAUGUCGCCAAAAGUGGAUCGCGAGACAUUGGCAACCGCAAUCAUCCCUCAACUCUGGGUCAUGUCGAUGGGACCGAUGCUAAACGCAGAACAGUUCCGAAGAUUCAUGAAAGCGGUCAAAGAAAUGAGUACGAGGGUGGAAAAGGAACAUACAGCCCACCUACGUGAUGUGAAGAGGAUGCAGGAUCACACCGAUUCUUACACAGGUGCUAGUGGAGCAGGAGCAGGAGGGGGAGGGGCGCUGGGAGGGGGAGUAACGGCUAUCGGUGCAGGAGGAGAGAUUGAUUUCGCCACACUCGUAGGGCAGACCAAAACAGGUGGAGGAGGGGAGAAGAGUGUCAAGACGGACGAUCCAUUUGGGUUGGCGGAUGAUUUUGGUGGUUUAGGGGUGGCAGCUGAUAUCAGUCCGAUGGCGUCGGCGAGCCAGACUCCUACGAUUGGGUUAACGCCGACUCACACUGGAAGGCCCACAUCAAACACUACCACGGCACCGAAGAUGAAUGGUUCUUCGAUCCUGCGAGCUUCCUCGACUACUUCGACAGCAAGUGCGGCGGUGCCUGCUUUGGCUCCUCCACCGUCCUUCACCCGUCCGUCUCUCAGUACGGCAUCGUCAGCCUCGAGCACCACAUCAACAGCGGCUGCUCCUGCAGGAUGGAACUCUAUCCUGCAACCCGCUUCUUCUACCAGCUUCAAUUCUCUCUCCAAACCCUCCUCAACCACCUCCACCAUCAACACGAGCGGAAACGGCUCAGGACCGAACUACAGCAUCUCUCUACCCCCAGCAACCGGUUCCACUUGGUCAGCAGGCUUUAGCACCAACGCUCCACUACCGCCACUGGGAGGUAUGGCUACAAUCGAACCCAAACCCUCAAACACUACAUCUUUGCCUCCUCCUCUUGCGCCUACAACUUCAAGUCUCGGCGGUGGAGCAGGAGCAGGAGGGCCUCCAGGAUGGGGAGGAAGUGUUUUGCAGCCAAACAAACCGGCUACUUUUUCGGGUGCCGGUGCGAAGGGAGCGAAUACGGAUGCUUGGAAAGAUUUUGAUCCUUUCGCCUGA